AUGACCCGACCGCACGCUGCUGCUGCAGCUGAACCUCCACAGCGCCCCGGACUGUCGUCGCGUGACACUCUCGACGCGAACAACUUGACAGGAACGCUGCGGGAAGAUGGAACUGCUGCGCUCCGUCCAGAUCCUACGCCGACCAUGCCAGGCAGCCACGGCAUCAACGGGUCGCUGUCAGCAUCCGCCGAACCCGAAGAUGAAGCGACGGGGCACUCGGAACGCUCAGACAGCGUCGCUUCCGAUGAUUCUGAUAGUCAAAUAGAAAGCUAUGAAGAACUCCAACUCGACCCAGACACUCUCAUUGUGAACACCCGGGCCAGUAUGGACGCGUCGUAUCGACCCGCAGAGAUGGACAACAUUUCAUCAGACUCGAAAUGGAAAGAGCCAGAGCAGGGAAGACAUCGAAAGAGGAAUAGUAUUCAAAUUCGAUUGGAGAAGACGGACAAGAAAGGCCGAUACGUCCUCACGGCGGAUGAUCCAGAGAUCAAGGAAAUUCUUCGCAGAGGCAUAGAAAGAGAAGAGCAGGAGGCGGGCCGAUCUAGGAAACCACGCAUACGUUUCCGAGACCUGGUCUUCACCAGACAGUUCACAACUUUUGAUCGCCAGAAUCCUGCCAGCGCCGAGAGCCCGUUCUUUGGCUUCUUCACGCUCUUCUGGAUAUGCAUGUCUCUGAUCUUCGCCCAAGUCGCCAUCCGCAAUUGGCGCGAUUACGGCAGCAUUCUUGGCCGCAACCAAGUCAUGCGCAUGAUGUUCAGCAGAGACGUGCUAAUACUCGGCAUCACUGAUGGAGUGAUGUAUGCUGCUACAUUUGAAGGCGUCAUCUUCCAGAAGCUAGUAAGCAAGGGCUAUAUCAAUUGGGCCAAAUCUGGUUGGAUCAUCCAAAAUCUAUGGCAAAUGGCCUAUCUGGCAAGUAUAAUUUGGUGGGCGUACUUCAGAGAGUGGCCAUGGACUCAUACUAUCUUUGUGGUCUUGCACGGAUUGGUGUUCCUAAUGAAGCAGCACAGCUAUGCGUUCUACAACGGCUACCUUUCCAGCGUACACCGAAGGAGAGCUCUCCUGGAACGUAGACUCAAGCAGCUCGAAUUGAUGGAGCCAGUGGGUUCUCGACCGACAAGCCCGGUCAGUCCUACGUUGAUCACUAGCUUCGAUGCCCACGAUUCCAAGACCGAUAGUUCGUCCAAUAGACGACAGUCGAUGGGACCACGAACAUCCACCAACUUGAACGUUGAAAAGUCGGACGUCGCGCAAGUCGCUCAAGCAAUUGAAUCUGGCCACUCCAUCGAUGUCGACCAAAUGACUACCUUCUCCAGCAUUAUCCGCAAAGAAAUGGAUGACCUCACAAAGGAACUGAAAGGCAAAGCCGAGUCUGCUAGCAAUGCUUUCCCGAACAACCUAACCAUCGGCAACUUCGCGGAAUACAUCUGCCUCCCUACUCUUGUCUACGAACUUGAGUAUCCUCGUCAAGAGAAGAUCAAUUGGUGGUAUGUGGUCGAAAAGACGGUCGCGACCUUUGGUGUGCUCUGUGUGAUGCAGGUCGUCAGCCAGGGUUACAUCUACCCACUAGUCGCGAAAACAAUGCGCAUGAAAGAGAGCGGGAUGACUUUGGACGAGCGCUGGCGCGAAUUCCCGUUCAUCGUCAGCGAUAUGCUGUUUCCAAUGCUCAUCGAACAGCUCCUCACCUGGUAUCUUAUAUGGGAAUGCAUUCUCAACGUCCUCGCGGAAGUGACCCGCUUCGCCGACCGAGGCUUCUACGGCGCCUGGUGGAACUCGGUGACUUGGGAUCAAUAUGCCCGCGAUUGGAAUCGACCUGUCCACAACUUUCUUCUCCGACAUGUCUACAACUCCUCCAUUUCUACUUUCCACCUCAGCAGGACUGCGGCUACCUUUGUCACGUUCUUGCUGAGUGCGCUGGUACACGAGAUGUGCAUGGCGCUGAUGUUCAAGAAAGUCCGAGGAUAUCUCUUCUGGUUGCAAUUAUUGCAAAUGCCACUCGUCGCUCUUGGACGCAGUAAACUGAUGCGCGGAAGGGUUGUCUUGGGGAACACGAUUUUCUGGUUUGGGCUUUUCAUUGGGCCUGCGGUCUUGACGAGUCUGUAUUUGGUUGUAUGA